CAGCAGGUAUGUCUAUGCUCUCGUGUCUGUAUGUUGCGCGUAUGAUUAAAAUGUCUCAUUUGAGUUUGGAAAACAACCGUCGCGUGUCAAAAGUGUGGAUCGCUCUGAGACGUCUUGACAAAAACGAUGAUCGAGUGAUUGCUCUCCGAGAAGUGUCCAUCCCUCCAUCAGCUGAGGCCUCAGUGAUCAUUGAGAUUAUCACCACUACUUUUUGCCUGGACUGUUCUGAUGUCAUAUUGAAGAUUAGGAAUCACCAUGGCUUUCUGAUCCCUCUGAACAACCUGAUCCCUGCCAACAGCAAGCACAUACCUUAUGUGCUUGAGGUAGCAAAGAUCUUUCAGCACGUGCGUCCUAAACCAAGAACCAUUCCCAUGACUGUGCUCAACAGGAGCAUGAAGACCAGAUUGCAAACGAUUGACCGCAGGAUCCAGAGACUGGAGGAGCUUUUGCCUCAGAUCAAACUCAGGCACCAUGAAAAACUAACCGAGGAGAUAGAAUGUCUCAGCCAGAAGUUGAGGUUUCUUCAUAAGAGGAUGCAGGUGGCAGAGUCUCGCAGCUGGAAGGGGAUGCUGACCAGAGCUCCACUUUGGUGAACCAACAUCUACAUUUCCAACUAAUUUUCAGGACACACACCAUCUUUGGUACUCUAAUGGUCAUUCAAGUUCACAGCACAUCCAUCACAGUACCAUGCAGUUGUAUUGGGAUCUAAAGUUAAAGGAUUUAUUAUUUACUGUUUCAUGUGUGCAAAAACUACAUAGUCUGUAGAUAUACUGUUUUUUAUGGCCAGAACCACUGAUGCUAAAUGUAAUUUUCUGCAACUUCUAUGUGUGGUAUGUAAAAUUGAUUUUUUAAAAUUUA